AGCACCACCACCACCAACAAAUAGGCACCACAUUGAGGGCUGAGUGUGAGUAUGGAAGAGAGUGCGCCAAGCACUUUGCUGUAGAAGGCCACCGAUACGUUUUGUGGCUAUUUGCCUGCACUGAUGUCCAGUCCAUAUGUUGUCUGGUUAAUGUUGUGCUGUUUGCCGCUCCAGGUGAACCUGGAUGGAGCGUGUGAGCUGUCGGCCGAAUGUCAGCAGGCGGACACGUUUGCCGCCUGUGGCGUGUCGCAAAAUCGCUGCGUAUGCAUGGAAAACUUUGAGCAGCACCAGGACAAGUGCCUAGGGCUUCUGGAUUUGAGCUGCAGCAACAAUACGCAAUGCGAACAUGUGGACGCUUCAAUUUGUCUGCCACAAGGUAUGCGGUGCGCCUGUAUUCCGGGCUAUGUGCCCAAUCACAAUAGGACAACCUGCAUAACGGGCUUGGGACUUGGUGGCCAUUGUACUUCUGCUGCACUGACAAUCGCUGCAGCUGCCGCAGCGAUCACAUUCCAAAAAUGAAGCCGAAUCACACAAGCCCCGUUUGCGAGCCGCGUCUGCCAUACGGCAUUUACUGCCGCACUACCGAGGACUGCCUUGAGCUGGUUGUAGAGGGCCGGCUGCAAGACUCUCGGAUGCAGUGUUUGAAGGACGUGUGCCAAUGUCGUGCCGCAUUUCGCGUUAUGGACAAUCAAUAUUGCGUGGCGGCCCCAUCCGCAGCUAAUCCGCUAUAUAAAAAACUCUCGCUACUUUUUACUAAUUAUUUUCCUCAUUUUUUUUUUUUUAUAUAGCAGCGGCUAUUGGCCGGCCUUUUCUGUGACUUCCAUUUUGAGCUGACAAUUUUAGAUCAUGCCAUUCCAUUUGCCAUUCCAGAUAUUCCAUUCAAAUUCAAUUUUUAAAUACGAAUAAGUCUGAGUUUCCGUAA